GGUUGGCCACACUGGUACACUGAAUUCAGAAAUCCACAAUUUCUUGUAAUAUUUUCAUUGCUGUUGUUCAGAGGCAUAAUGGUAUUUUAGGUAGGUUGAAGUCUACCAGAAAAAGUCUCUCUAUCUUGGAAGCACAUAUGGAGCGAGUGGGUGUAAUUGAAAUAAAUUUUUCAGAGCAGCCUAAAGCCAACUGGUGCUCAUCAUCAUGCAUUGAUCAUAUUGUACAACUGUGUUUAAAAAAAAAAAAUCGUAUUCUCUGCUGCAGGUUAAAACUGCUACAAACACAUUGUAGCUGGAGGUUGUAUAAAACAUUUACUUUUCUCCUGUUCACCUUCAUCAGUAUUCUGUCCCCACACACGCAAACACACACAGCGGUUUGUCGCCUUAUAUUUCAAUAAGAAAAGUUAUGUUGUCGCUUAAUCGUGUUUCUGUAAAUUUUGACUUCUCCAGUAAACCUCUUUAUUGAUCAUGAGCAAAAUGGCGUUUAAUUAAGUGUGUUUUUGAUGCACUGAAAGGUUAAGUAUCUCUCUGUUUCUCAAAUCUGUGUGAUGUGAAUCACGUCCUGCAUCUGCUGAACAAACACCUCGUGGCCCCGCAGUGCUUUUCCGAUUAUCAACGCUUUUCUAGCAAAAUAAAUCAAAACCUCAUUUUCAAAUUGAUGAUGGUGCAUUUUCUCCUCCUCCUUCUCCUUGUAUGUUAAAAAAUCCCAAGUAAGGAAUUUAUAAAUAAAUAAAUAUAUGUAUAGUUUAUAAACUAAUUCAGUUUUAUAAAGCAUAAAUAACUUUUCAAAAUCAGGCAGCUUGGACUGUAUUUUGCUGACUGGCUUGGAUUAGCCAAUGUGGUACAUUUUCCUGCAGGUUCCAGUUGUUCAUGUUGCAACUGUGCGUCCUUGACUGAUUAUACAGUGAUGACUCUGUUUGCACUGUGAAUAAUGAUUAGAAUGAACCAUUCUGCUUCACAAAUAAACUCAGUGGCUUUCAAAUGAGCACAACAGCAUCUGGUACAAGGAGCACCGCGGCUGAUUGCAUCCAAACGGCAAGAUGAACACUUGGCGUGUCUUAGUGUUCCUGUGCUUCACGUGUUUGUACCACGGUGCCCUGUCUUGCCCGGCACUUUGCCAGUGCUACAGUCAAAGAGCUGAGGUGGUCUGUAAUGAGGUUCCCUUGACAGAGUUUCCGUCUGAGAAUCUUCCGAAAAAUACGACCCUUCUGACGAUCCAGUUCACCAACAUCACCUCCAUUUCCGAGCACCACCUAAAUGCCGUGCCCCUUCUGCAAGGCCUCCACCUCUACAGCAACAACCUGCAGAACAUUUCCGAUCAUCUUCUCAGGGGUGUUCCUCACCUCAACACCUUGGAUCUUACAGGCAACAAACUGAGUCACCUCCCUGUGGGUGUCUUCACUCAUGCUCCACUCCAUAGUUUGGUGCUGAAGAACAAUGUGAUCAGCAAAUUGGAUGCUCCGAUGAUUCCUAUCAAAAGCCGUCUCACCUGGUUGGACUUAUCUGGAAACAAUUUGGCAAGCGUUCCAACUGUUCUGCUUCAGAAGCUUCUCCAUCUGGAGAAUCUAGACCUUUCUCGUAACCAUCUGGAAAAGAUUCCUGCAAAUUCUCUCAAAGCAGUGUCCAAGCUUGAGAGGCUUAAUCUAAUGGACAAUAAUAUAAGUAGCAUAGAUGCAUCUAUGUUUCACAGCACUCAAAACCUUACUUACCUGUUUCUCUCUCGAAAUCGUCUUAAAAAGCUUCCCGUGAACCUUUUACACAAUCUUCACCAGCUCAAGUCCCUGCAUCUGGAUGACAACCAGCUAAGUCACAUCCCACCAGGUUUGCUGGAUCACCUGUCUUCUUUGGAUGAACAGGGCCUGGACUUGUCUUCAAACCCCUGGCUGUGUAACAAGGAACUGGAGUACCUCUGGAGAUGGAUUCAGAAGAACAAGGAGAAGCUCUUCCUUCCAGUUACAAUCACAUGUGCUAGACCUCAGUCUCUAGUGGGCCGCCCGAUAAUGUCCCUCACAGAAAGUGAACUGAACCUUCAGUCUUAUGGUUCGGCGAUGGGCUUAUGGCUUCUUCUGGCUUUCGUGGCUCUAGCUGAAUGCCAUUACCAAAGAAGAAGCAUCCGCGUUUGCCCACAUCUGUGCUCCUGUUCCUUUCCGGCAUCAGGUGCAGACGUGGUUUGUAGUGAGCAUGCUGUGAUGGUUUUCCCUGAUGGUUUACCCAACAACACCACUCGACUCUCCAUCCAAUCCACCAACCUCAGCUCCAUCGUCGCCCAGAAUUUAAGUGCUGUGCCCAAUUUAAGAAGCCUCCAGCUGUACCACACCAACUUGGAUAAUCUUCCUGCAGAUGUCCUGAGGGAUGUUACUCAACUGGAGUCGUUGGAUCUCACAGGUAAUCGACUGGAUUGUCUGCCUCCAACUAUCUUCAUCCAUAACUCGCUUCGUAGUCUGGUGCUCAAGAGCAAUCUGAUCGAAAAAGCAGAUGCUGAGUGGUUCUCUGACAACAGCAGCCUGACCUUUUUAGACCUGUCUGGAAACCAUUUAACAAGCAUUCCAUCACGUUUUCUCCACAAGCUGCCCCUCGUGAAGAUGCUCGACUUGAGUUUCAACAAUCUUGAAGAGCUGCAGCCGGAUGCACUGAAGUUCCUUCACCAUCUGGAGUCACUCAACCUAGCUAGUAACAGGUUAAUGACUCUCAAACCUGACAUAUUCAAGCACAAUGUGAAACUCUCCCAGCUGUUUCUGCAGGAGAACCAGUUGCGAAAGCUACCGGCGAACCUCCUCCAUAGUCUUCCUAACCUUGAACUUCUGCUGCUCAAUCAGAACCAGCUGGAGCAUCUUCCAUCAGGGCUGUUGGAAGAGAGGAAAUCUUCCUUUAAAGUGAUUUUAACACAGAACCCCUGGGUAUGUGAUAAGAAAAUUGAGUAUUUAUGGAGGUGGCUUUCUGUCCAUUCUCAGGCUGUUUGGUUCCAGGAAGAGGUGACGUGUGCUAAACCACAAGUUCUGAAACAUCGACAAGUGGUCUCUUUAACUGACAGUGAGCUUGGUCUAUAACAUAAGACUUAGCCGAGUUUAUUACUGUAUCGUUUCAAAUAUAAGAUGACCCUGGUUAUAAGGUGCUCCCCUUUUUUCAACACAUUAAAAAAUACUUUCUGAAGACCAGAACUUUUUUAAAUAAAUGCUUUUGUUUGAAAACUGCUAAUAAAAAUCACAUAUUAUGGACAGCUCCUCCUUUCUUUUUUCAUCCAUGUACUGAUAUGCAUCUGCUUUUAAGCUUUUUUUUUUUUGUCUAUUUUUAAUACAGUCUUGUUUGGCUUGCCAAGUUUUUAACAUUGUGCACACACAUUGUAUUUCCUGGUUGCUUGAUAGUUGUUUGAUUACUCUGCUGCAUUUAUCACCAUAAGCUUAAAGUAUGUGUCAUAACUUCAGUUGCUGGUUAACUUCUCUCACUUUUGAGCCACUCCGUUUUCAAAAUGAUCACUUUGUCUUGCUAUCAUAUUGCCCUGUAAGCUAGUUAGAUGGGUGGCUCAUUUCAGUCCUGGGAGGCACACUCAUUUUGCAGGUAUUUGGUACCACCUACUGUUGUGGAUGUAAAAGUCUGGCCC